AUGGGGACGCAGGCAGCGGAGAACUUCGAACCGCUGGCCAAGGAUGUCAGGACGGAUGAGCAGAAGAAGAUCGACGACUGGCUCCCUAUCACGUCGUCGAGGAACGCCAAGUGGUGGUACUCGGCCUUCCACAAUGUCACCGCCAUGGUGGGCGCGGGAGUGCUCAGCCUCCCCUACGCCAUGUCCGAGCUCGGCUGGGGCCCUGGCAUCGCGGUGCUGAUCAUCUCGUGGGUGAUCACGCUCUACACGCUGUGGCAGAUGGUGGAGAUGCACGAGAUGGUGCCCGGGAAGCGGUUCGACCGGUACCACGAGCUCGGGCAGCACGCCUUCGGCGACAAGCUGGGGCUCUGGAUCGUGGUGCCGCAGCAGCUGAUCGUGGAGGUGGGCGUGAACAUCGUGUACAUGGUCACCGGCGGGAGGUCGCUCAAGAAGUUCCACGACGUGAUCUGCGACGGCAAGUGCAAGGACAUCAAGCUCACCUUCUUCAUCAUGAUCUUCGCGUCCGUGCACUUCGUCCUCUCGCAGCUGCCCAACUUCAACUCCAUCUCUGGCGUGUCCCUGGCCGCCGCCGUCAUGUCGCUGUCCUACUCGACCAUCGCGUGGGGCGCGUCGGUGGACAAGGGCAAGAUGGUGAACGUGGACUACAACCUCCGCGCCACCACGACGCCGGGGAAGGUGUUCGGCUUCUUCGGGGCGCUGGGCGAGGUGGCGUUCGCGUACGCCGGCCACAACGUGGUGCUGGAGAUCCAGGCCACCAUCCCGUCCACGCCGGAGAAGCCGUCCAAGAAGCCCAUGUGGAAGGGCGUGGUGGUGGCCUACAUCGUCGUCGCGCUCUGCUACUUCCCCGUCGCCCUCAUCGGCUACUGGGCCUUCGGCAACAGCGUCGACGACAACAUCCUCAUCACCCUCAACAAGCCCACCUGGCUCAUCGCCAUGGCCAACAUGAUGGUUGUCAUCCAUGUCAUCGGAAGCUACCAGAUUUACGCGAUGCCGGUGUUCGACAUGAUCGAGACGGUGCUGGUGAAGAAGCUCAAGUUCCCUCCCGGCCUCACACUCCGCUUGAUUGCCCGGAGCCUCUAUGUUGCGUUCACCAUGUUCGUCGCCAUCACCUUCCCUUUCUUCGGUGGGCUGCUCGGCUUCUUCGGCGGGUUCGCCUUUGCGCCGACGACAUACUUCCUCCCCUGCGUCAUGUGGCUCGCCAUCUACAAGCCCAAAAGAUUCAGCCUCUCAUGGUUCACCAACUGGGCCAAAACAACAGCUCAUCGGGGGCUACUAGAAGAACAAUUUAGAGAAAAAAUAAGAAAACACAGGUUGGAUGUUCAGAACCAACCUGCGUCCCGAGAGCUAUCGCCUACAUGA